AUGGCUGCCGGGGUGCAUAGUAUGGUCGGACCCAUGGGCCAGACGGUGCUUCGUCCACCUAGCGACAUCUUUCCACCGCCACCUCCACCUGAAUAUGCCUUCCUACUUCGCAGUCCGCUGCCUGACCACAAGGUGCAUGUCCAUCAUCCGCGCACCAACGACAUCCUGAUCAGUAUGUCUGCCUGGGACCACGAAGAUGGAGCUCUACACUUUGGCCUGGUCCAUAAUGCUUGCGCCAUCAUCGCCGGCAACCGCCACGACGGCUACCUGUCUCGAUCUAGAGAUGCCUCACUUCCGCGCCUUACAAUGAACCACCUCGACCUGCUCGCUGCAAGUUCCGCGAUCUACUUCUAUCAUGUGCCGGGAGAUGCUAACUAUGACAUCGUCUCGACCUUCGAGCUCUGGCACGAACCGUCCUCAUUGCCGUCUCCCUGGACUUGGAUGGAACAGGAUGAUGUAUCCGACGCUGCUUCUUGCGCUGAGCAAGUUGAAAAUCCUCCUGAAGAGCCGUCUCGUAGCGAAACGUGUCGACUUAGCAACCACAGCACUGCUGUAGAGCCCUGUCCCCUGUUGCCCGGAAAGACCACUAACAAUGACAUGUACGUACACAACCAAGGUCUCGCUCCCGCCGUGUACCCUACGAGUCUGAACACUUUUGACUGCGUGUAUCUCGACGCCAACCUUCGGCAUACUCUCACUCACGGAAGCUGGGUCUUCUUUCCCAAGAAACCCGGCACUUUCGUCGCCCACUUUCUCCAGCCAGUCGCCGAUCAGGUCGCCCUGUAUCACAACGUCAUUACCCGCCCUUUGAGAUGCGAACUGCGCGCUUUGUACCAGAGUUUCGCUAAGACUAUCUUCGAUUCACGCCCUAGCCAUUGGUCCCAGUACGCUUCACAGAAUGGCGAAACGAGUGAAACAGCCUGGACCGCCUGGCAAAAAGGGACCAGACAUAGUUUCGUGCCUGGAGAUCACGUCCGCGGCACCGCUCUACCGAAAGAGGUCCCCAGCGAUGGCUCUAUGGAAAGUGGCGAGUUUGAUUAUGGUUCGACCAAUCCAGACGCCCCGACCGAUGUCUCAGUAGUGGGACAAGGCUUCAUAUCAGAGCUACGGAGAAAAGGGCUGGCUACAGAUCGUGCGCGCAACUUGAUUCUUUGA